AUGGUACAGACAUCUGCAUCAUCCGUCGAAACAGUUCAUAUUGUUCAGGAACUGCAAGAAUUAUUUUCCAAUAAAAAUUCUACAUUGGAAACAUUAAUUUCCAAUCUUCAAUCAGUACGAUAUUUACUAUCACAGUUACCGAAUAUGAUCAUGGUAUAUGAAAGACAAGGCAAAAAAAUUGAUCAAGAAUCUGCAUUUCUUGAAAUAUUGAAAAAAUUUAAAAAUCUAAUUGAAAAUACUAUAAACAAAUCUAUACAUGAUCCUGGAACAAUCUUAGUAAUUAAUUAUCAUAUAUCAACAAUUCGACAAGGUUAUGAAUUAUUUCUAAAUUACGGUCAAACAUUAAAAGAAAUUAACGAACUGAUAGAAGAACAAAUUCGACUUAAAAAUAAAAAAGAAAUUGGUACUUUAAUUAUCAGAGGUAUCGAAACGAAAAUACCAAAAUUUAUUAAUUUUGACCACAACAAGCCCGACGAUGAUGAGGCGAAACUAGGAAUUAUCAGAAAAUUUUAUGAUUAUUUUAUUAAAUAUAUCUUAUAUGUUAGAGAAUCAUUAGACAAUAUGCUUAACGAUAAUAACUAUCGUGCAAAAUUAGAAAAUCUACAAUCAAAAUUAUUGAAUUCGAAACCAUCAGAUAUUGAAACUUAUUUUUCCUUGAUUAAAUUAAAGAUGAUCACUGAUCGAGGUUAUUCAACUGAAAUUUUACUUGAAUAUCUUGUUAAAAAUGAAAUGGUUUACAUACGUGUCUCAAAUGAAUCUGAACUUUAUUGCAAACAUCUCAUUGAAAUGUUUAAAAAAUCACCCAAUAAAAAAUGUACUAAAUCGUUAAGCAACUUGGUAUUUAAAUUACAAGACAACAGUUUUAAAGAUUUAUGUAGACAAUUCGUCGAAAACAAUGAUGUUGUCAAAUCCAUUUAUGACAAAGGUAUUCAAUUAUAUUUAAUUGAAAGUCAAAAACUUACAGAGGCAAAGAAAAAUAAAGAAGGCAAUGUUCUUUAUGAAAAUAUAUUAGAAAAUUGUAAACAACUAAUAACGAAAUUUAAAGUAUUAUUUUUACUUUUUUCCUUGAAAAAAUCUACUCUGAUCAUGAUACGAGAAUCAAUUAUUGAUGAAAACAAUGCUAUUGGUACUCAUAAGAUCUUGACUGAUCUUUAUGGUCAACGAAUUGCAAACUUAGAUUUUUCUGAUGAAUAUAUCAGUGUUAAAUAUUGUUUUAAUUAUUAUUUUUUCAAAUCUUUAUUAUAUCAAGACUUAGAUGAUGUCAAUCGUUUUUCGGAAUUUAAUCAACUUUUAUUUUAUAUUCAUAUAUGUGCAGAUAAUGAUACAUUGGAUUAUCAACCAGAAGAUAUUCAUCUAAAUAAACUUUCAAAAUUAAAAAAAGAUUUCUUAUGUAUUGAUAAUGCUAAUGUUUGUACAAAAUUAAAUGAUCUUAUUGAAAUUGUUAAAUUCUUGAUUAAUAUUGGAUCAUUCGAAAUUCGCUUGGAAAAUGUUAGAUCGGUUAUAUGCAGUUUAGAAAAAGAUCAGAUUCAUAUAAAAGCAACUUUUAUAAACAAGUUUCUUGAUCAUCAAAAGUUUGGAAGUCAAAUCUGUUUAAGAUUAGCUCAAUCAUUUAAUAUCGAUUUAAUAAAACAUAUACCGGAUGCUAAAACAAAAAUUCUACCAAGACUAGGUGAAUUUAAUUCAAAUUUUGGUUCAGUUCUCAAUCGUUUAAAAAAGUCUGGAAUGGAAUUUAAUAUUAAUCAAGAAUUAACUCCUGGCUUUAGUAUUCCAUAUUAUUUAUCAGCAAAAUUAGCUGAUGAUCCAAAAUAUAAUAAUCGAAGUGAAAAUUAUAAUGAGAACACAAAUGAAAUUAUUAUGUCGAUUUUAUUUAAAGUUUUUAACUGUUCAACAGAAAAUGAUAAAAAAGUUUUCUUAAAAAACAAAAAUCUUAUUAAUCAAGAAUUUAAUAAAUUAUAUAAAUCAGUUAAACAAUUAAUUGAAUUUUAUGAUGUAAGUGAUAAUGUUGAAAUUAGUAAACAACUUCGAGAAAAACUUCGAAAUCGAUCAAUUGAUCUUAUCUUAGAUGGUUUUAGUCAAGCAAAUGAAGAAAGCCUUAGUAACCGAAACGAAUAUGCAAGGAUAAUUAUUGAUAAUUUUAUUAAUUAUAAAUUGGAGCAAGUUCCCAGAAUUAUUGAAUCAACUAAAUCAACAACGGAAGUUUUGGAAUUAUUUGAUACAUUCAUGAAAAGAAAUGUAUGCGAUAAUUUAGAUUGUUGGACAAAAAAUACAAGUGAAUUUAGUGAUAAAAUCUACUUUUUAUAUUGUUAUCAUCAUUAUAAACAAGAGGAGUUUGACAAAUGGUAUGAAAAGUUAAAUUCUGAUAUAGGUUCCACUAUUAUUAAAAAAAAUCGAAAGGAUAUUGAAAACAAUUUUAAAACCAAUAAAAAAGCAUUUGAGCUAAUUAAUAUUAAAUAUUUACAACACAAUCAAGUGGGUGCAUUAGCAUUAAUACAUGAUUAUUUAACCGAUGAAUUAAAAAAGGACAGUAAUUUAUUUAUUAAGAUUGGUACUGGUCAGGGUAAAUCAUUAACAAUAGCUGAAACAGCAAGACAAAUUGUUCAAAAGAAUAGAAAUGCACCAAAUCCCAAAGUUUUUGUUAUCACUUGUUAUGAUCAUUUAGCUAAACGAGAUCAUGGAAAUUAUCAAAAAUAUUAUCAAUAUUUUAAUAUUGCAACAAUGUAUUGUUCAUCAACAAGUUCAACAGAAGAAUUCUUUAAUAAAGAUGUAAUUUAUACUGAUUUAAACACAUAUUUUGAUGUUUUACGAAGAAAAGGAUAUAGUACAUUAGUAAAUGGGACAUCAAUUACGUUACCGAAUAUCACUGAUACUGUAUUAGUUAUGGAUGAAUUUGAUAGUUUGAUAUUGGAUUCCGAUGAAAUAUUUCAAUAUUUACAUGAAUUUGAUGUGAACAUUACAAAUCGGAAUACAAGUUUUGAUAAGAAAGAAGAUCUUACACAAUUAUUUGGUGCAGCAUUUAUUGCCAAAUGUAAUUCGGAAUUUUCUAAGAUCUAUGAUGAAUGGUGGAACACCCAACUCUCCAAAGCGAAAGCGGAAGGUAGUAAUGAACAACAGACGUCUUUUCAAGAUAGUUUAGGAAAAGAUGUGAAAUUAGGUAUAUCUCGUUUGAAUCAUUUAAACCAGUACAAAAAAGCAGAAUUUGUUCAUUAUUAUUUGGAUGCUUUGGUAUUUUACUCACAAUUUAAACGAGUUAUUGGCUUUUCUGGAAGUAUAGAAAAAGAACAUUUAAGUAAAUUUCAAAGAUUAUUUGAUAAUAAAAUAUCACAUUAUUAUGAUAUUCCACCAUUUUUUGGUCCAACAAAUGCUCAACAGAAUAGAACAUUUGUCAAUGAUCCCGGCAAAGUUAUUAGAAAUACUGAUGAUUUUUUAAAUGCAAUCAAAGAAGAAAUUCAACUAAGGUAUCAAGAACAACCAAUUUUAAUCUUUGCUGAUUCAUAUAAACAAAAUGAGGACGAUAAGUCAGAUUAUGAUUGUAUACGUACAGAAUUACUUGGAGCUCAAAACACAUUUUUAAAGGGUCGUGAAAUAAUUGAGAUCAAAAAAGAGGAUGAUAUUGCUGAAAAUAUUCGUAAAAUUGGUAAAUUAGAUCUUAUUACUUUAGCAACAAGGAUUAUUGGACGUGGUGCUGAUAUUAAAGUAGAUAAAAGUAUUACAAAAGGUUUACAUUUAAUUUUAACAUAUUAUCCAUUGAGAGAAAAUAUUUAUACGCAAAUGCUUGGUCGAACUGCAAGACAAGAUGAAAAAGGAUCUUAUUCGAUUAUUGUUCGAAAAGGUAAACAAUUUCCUUUAGUUCCAGAUGUGACGGUUAAUUUACGUAACAAAAAAAUUCAUGAAUUAACAGAAUAUUUCUAUCGUCACUAUCAUUUCAGUUCAAACAAGGUGGAUAUUCGAUUAAAAUGGCUUUUAUUCUCCGAAUUAAUGCAAACUUUAAGCGAAUUGGAAAUGCAAAAAUAUAGCCUAGAAGAUUUACAAAAAUUUGUUAAGAAUAACAUAUUAAAAUAG